AUGGCUAAUAAGCCGGUGUUACCGUCCAGAGGAAGCGUCUUUUCUCCGCGAAUCAACUGGCCGCAUGUCAUUGAUCUGAGUUCCCACGUAGACAAAAAUGGCAACCAAGACACCCUACGUUUUCCCCCGUUCCACCAGGAAAUACUCGAGCAGAGACACUGGGAUGCCGGAGACCUCCAUGGUAGAAUCAGGGUAGUGAUCGCAGAAGGGUUCGCGCGCCCACACCGCAACCCUCCCUUUGAGCGAGUCAAGGAAAUCAUUGCUUUCGCGUUUCAGCACGCGCCUCUCAAUGUCUUGGAGUACUCUAGUAUCGCCUGGCCAAACACUUCUAUGUGGAGCAAGGAACCGCGUCUUUUCAAGUAUAACGCAGGAAGUGGGGUGAACGAUCUCAAAGAGGCGGAAGAGACCCAUGCUCAUUCCCCAGCUGCUCGGCCAGAUGAAAUUCGCCCUCCCGCACCUGUCACCGGACAAAUCGGUAAUCCAUCCGCUUUAACUCUCUGGAGGAACAGGAACUACCAGGGCCCCGUGCCGCAAUGGCAAGGGAACUACAGAGAUCCUCGCUGGGCUGCUCCGGAGACUGUCUUUUCCGAUCCUUUUAUUGACCCAUACGUUCUCGAUCCAGCUGCACGCCAUCGCGGCGCUAGACAUUCUUGGGAGGACAUAUCUAUGCCGGACUAUGUCUCCAGUUCCAGUAGCAGUCGAGCCAUUUCGAGCAUGACGGGAAUUAGCUACGAGCAUAGCAAACAUCCCAGUCUUGUCGCUCCAAUCGGUGAAGAAGCGUACAGCCAGUUGAUUCAAGCUCUCAGCCCUACGAAGCAGGUUGCGUCCAGUACCCAGGCCCCAACAACUACCUCCACCGCUGCUGCUGUACCUAUGGGAGCCAAGCUCUCAGCAGCAGCAGAAGCACGCUCUGCGUCCUAUCGCAAGGGCGGAAAUAACCGCGCCUCCACCAGCAUCCUAGAGGACAUCUCCUGUUCUAGCUCUCGCGACGCUUCCGGAUCCAGUGCCAAAUCGAACACCGCUCUACCUGAAAUUGCUGCUGAACGAGGAGUAGCAACCAAGCUUCACGCCAGCCCCAGUGGACCUGUCAAGAGUAGAAAGGAAGGUAUCUCAGUGGAGAACAAGGAGAACGAAGCGGAGAAGACGCGUAGAGAGAGUGAUAAAGCACGCCAAACGCCUUCUAAACUGAACGUGCGAACUAUCGGUGGCAUUGAAACGCCAACUGAUGGCAGAAAGAGACGCUCGCUCAGUUCCAGUCGAGAUGACGGUCUCCUCAUUAACAGAAAAGAGCCGGUGCUUGUCUCUCCUAGUCAGGAUCUCACCAGGGUAAAGGACAAACAAGACCGGUUUGACAGUUUUCUUGAUCCUCGGCCAACGCUUGUGACGGCGGAUGUUGGUGAGAUUGAGUAA